GCACAAACAUGCAAAGGAGGCUGCGGGCAGAGGUUUGAGACGUGCUCUUGCCAUCCGACAUGCGGCUCUCUACACACCUGCUGUGUGGAUUACAGGCAGUUCUGCCUGGAGGUGUCUCCAUAUUCAGGGACAAUCUUUGGAGGAACUGACUUCAUGGUCCUCAAUGCAACUUUUGACCAGAAUGCCAAUCUGACCUGCCGGUUUAAUGGUGAAAUCAAAACAGUGGGAUAUGUUGAUGGAGAUGGCAGAGGUCACUGUAUUUCACCAUUACUGUAUGAAACUGGAUGGAUUCCUUUCCACAUCUCCACUGAUGGAGAGACUUUCAGCAGAGAAGGGGCUUGGCUAUCAGUGCAUCCAGGAAAGCUGGACCCCCACUUCAAAGCCACGCUGGAGAAUUCCACAAAAUGGCAGUACUACGGAACUCCCAAUGUCGGGGGUGUGCUAAACAUGACAUGGAACACUUCACAUGUCAGAGCGGACAGGGUGAAUGUGGAGCUAUGGGGAUACAGAGAGACAGGAGAGCCCUACUCAGACUCCUGGCUCCCAGAGUGGAAGUAUCUGUACUCACUGGGAAAGAACCUGUCCAACAACGGCCAGUUCAGCUUUGUCCCAAAAUCAGCAGAGAAGCCCUUCUCUGACUGGGAACUAGGCUGCCUAAGAGUGAGCUCCAGCUCACACCCUGAUGGGGAAUGGAACGUUCAAGCUGUCUGGACUGAAGAUCACGCCUUGGCUUGGCAUCUGGAGGACAGAUUCAGACAGGACUCCGCCUCCUGGGCACUGGACAAGUGUCUGAAGUGGGAUGAGUUGGAGAGGAGGCUGCCGGACUUCCUGAGCGAGACCAUCGACUGCCCAUGCACCCUGGCCCAAGCGCGUGCAGACACCGGCAGGUUCCAUACUGACUAUGGCUGUGACAUAGAGAAGGGGAGUGUGUGCACCUACCAUCCCGGCUGUGUUCACUGUGUGAGAGCCAUACAGGCCAGUCCCAGGUAUGCGGCCGGGCAGCAGUGUUGCUACGACAGCACAGGAACGCAGGUGCUGACAGCCGACUCCAUUGGGGGGAGCACUCCAGAUCGGGGGCACGACUGGGGGUCCCCCCCUUACAGACUGCCCCCCAGGGUCCCUGGAGUUUCCCACUGGAUCUAUGAUGUCCUCAGUUUCUACUACUGCUGCCUGUGGUCUGAUAACUGCCAUUAUUACUUUACCCACCGGCCCUCCAGUGACUGCAGGACCUACAAAGCGCCCAAAGCAGGUGUGGUGUUUGGUGACCCCCAUUUUAUUACAUUUGAUGGAACCAGGUACUCCUUUAAUGGGAAGGGGGAGUACAGCCUGAUGGUCUCCCCAGAAAGAGGCUUGACUGUUCAGGGCAGGACUGAGCCGGUCCGACUGGAGAAUGGGACCUUGGCGAAGGCAACCAAGCUGUCAGCGGUAGCUAUGAAGGAGCAGAACUCUGAUGUCAUCGAAGUUCGUCUCGGCAACCAGCCAGGUCACCUGGAGGUUUUACGGAACCAGCACGUGCUGUCCUUCUCUGAGCAGAACUGGAUGGAUCUGAAAGGUGUGUUCGUCUUCUCCCCGGUCCCCCAGAACGUGACCGUCAUGUUCCCCUCAGGAGCAGGAGUGGAGGUGCGGGUGAGAGCAGGGAACUUGGCUACCACAGUGCUACUGCCAGAGGAGUUUAAGGACCACACGGUCGGCUUGCUGGGCAGGAUGAAUAAUGACCCACAUGAUGACCUAGUCACCAGCAAUGGAACCGUUCUGCCCCCAAGUCCGGACUCAGCACAGGACCUGUUUAGAUUUGGAGCAGACUGGGCCAUUGUGAAUGAAACAUCCUUGUUCACAUACGACUCUGAAUAUUUGCUCAACACCUACUACUUUGGGCCCAAGCAUGACCCCAGCUUCCUUCCUGUAUUCUCUGUCCCUGAAAACCCGGACGACCCACUCCAUGGUGAGGUGGUGAAACUCUGUGCUGGACAGGGCUCUCACUUCUGUAGCUUCGACACCCUCAUCACCCGCAGCCUGGAGGUGGGGAAGGCCACUAGAGUCUCUUUCCAAAGCCACGAGUCACUGGUGGAAGCCCUGCAGCCUGUGGUGUCUUGCGGAUGGCUGGGGCCACCCACCAAUGGCAGGAAGGAGGGGACCAGGUACCUUCAGGGAGCAGUGGUGAAGUUUUCCUGCAAUGCUGGCUAUAUCCUCUCUGGUUCAGGAGUGCGCACCUGUCAGGUGGAUGGACAGUGGUCAGGUGACCCUGCCCACUGUGUGUCUGAUAACACCCUGGGCAUUGUGUUGGGCAGUGUGAUUGGAGCUCUGGUGUUGGCCACCAUGGUAGCAAUGAUUGUUCUCCACAGCAGAAAGAAGAAACACAGAGAGACAGAACACGUGGAGGUGAAGGACAUCGGAAGUGAAGCUCCCACCACAGUGCAGUUUUAA